ACACUUGCACAGGUGAAAUACGUAAAUGAUUUAGACUGGGGUGAGGAGGCCAGCUCAGCACAGCCCAGCUUAUCUCUAGUAUGCAACCAUGAGGUGCUACUGGGUGGUACUGGUGCUUCUGGUACUAGACGUGGUACUGGCGACUUCCUCUCCUACACCUGUGAAUAAUUACCAGGUUCUCGCCGGUCACCAGAUAUGGCGGGCUGAAGGAGGAAGCGAGGUAGCUGCAGUGAUGGGAAGGUUGGAGGAAGAAGGGCUGGUGGAUAUUCUGGGACAUAGCAUCGCCUCAACCUUCCGAGUCUUCCCUGGGACUAAAGAUUCUGUCUCUACGUCACUGCAGCGAGAGGGAAUCAAAUACCAUGUUGUGGUUCCCGACCUGGGGCGUCAUCUUGCGGAGGAGGAAAGGAGGGUGAAAAGGGAGAUCCUUUCAAGCCAAGGGGAAACCUGUUUUGAGAAUGACUGUCCCAAACCUCUCACUCAGAGAUACAUGACUUAUGUUGAGAUAGCAUGGUACCUCCACGAGCUGGCAGCCAAAUCUCCAAGAGUGGAGUUAAAAUCUAUUGGAAAAACCUUUGAAAACCGAGACAUUUGGUUGGUCCACAUUAAACCCACGGCAAAGGAGGGAACGAAAAAGAGAGAUGCUAUAUGGAUGGAAGGAGGAAUCCACGCCAGGGAAUGGAUAUCAGAAGCAGUCACUCUGCAGCUCCUGGACAAACUGGCUUCAGACGAUACCACUUUGACGAGAAACAUUGAUAUCUACUGCGUCCCUAUUGCAAACCCGGAUGGCUACGAGUACUCCAGAAACACGGACCGAUUGUGGCGCAAGAACCGGGCCAUCGACCCGUCCAUGGAGCGGGACUGUACCGGGGUGGACCUGAAUCGCAACUGGUCUACGGGCUACGGUGUAGGAGCCUCGACCAACCCGUGCAGCGAGGUGUACCAAGGCAGCGCGCCUUUUUCCGAGCUGGAGACGCGCGCCCUGAAGAAGGAGAUGACGCGUGUUUCCUCAGUUAACAACUUGAGAUUGGUGAUGGCGGUGCAUAGCUUUGGCCAGAAGCUUUACCACCCCUGGGGCUUUACGAAGAAGGAAGCCCCCAAUACCGCGGAAAUGAAGAAAGCAGGACUGGCAUUUGCUCAAGCCGCUGCUAAGGGAAGCAGAGGCAGGAAAGGCGCGCAGUAUGAAGUGACAUCAUCAAGUGAGCUUUACUUGGCUUCAGGCGCCACUGAUGACUGGGCUAAGGCUACUCUCGAUGUUCCUUAUGCCUACACACUGGAGCUUCCUGAUGAGGGCCUCCAUGGCUUUGUCCUCCCUUCCAACUUCAUAAAGCCAGCUGCCCAGGAUGUAUGGAGGGGUAUGAAGAAGCUGAUCCCAAUGGUACUUAAUAAAUAGAAAAUACGGGGGUUUUAGUGCUAGUUUGACUUUCGUAUGUACACCACCACCACGACCUCCCCUUGUAAUUAAUAGUAAGGAAACAAAGGGGUUUUAAUCUUAGUUUAACUAUGUACCACCAACAACACUGUCUUUUAAUAUAUUAUCGCUAACUGUUACUUCACUCUGUAUUAAAUAAAAGGAAAAGAAGAGGUUUUCAAUAUUAGUGUGACUCGGUCGUGUACCGCCACCACCACCAGCACCACCGCACUCUGUUAUCACUGUCGCUUCCCCUUGCAUUUGAUAACAUCACGUAUAUUAAACCCCUCGAUUGCUAAUUAUUAUAAUGAGUCAAAAUAAACCUAUAGCAUUC